GUUGUUGCCGAGGUCUCCGGGCGCGCUUGUCACAGGCAUCGUAUCAUAUCAUAUGCGCGCCGAUAUAGGCAGCCUACUACCUACUUACUUACCUGCCUACUACUGCCCACGACUUCCGUCUUGUACGCUCCCUCUGCCACCUCGCCGCCGUCCGUUGUACCCCACACCUUCCAACACACACAACCAAGCGCCCGCCCGCACGCACGCUGCCCACCAUGGUCGCCGACGCACUCAUCUACCACCCGACCGUGUCGCACUACCUCAAGUACAUUGCGACGACGAUCGGGCGUGACAAGUUCCUGCGCAUGCUGCAGUACUUCUCGCGCUUCUACGCAUGGUACCUCUUCCGGACGAACCACCCGGCCGCCGAAAUCGCGCCCUACGAUGCCGUCAAGAAGAGCUUCGGCACGGCGCGCAAGCUGAUGCGCCUCGGCAAGUGGGUCGAGCACCUCAAGGCCGCGUCCGUCGCCGCCGACGCAAAGGGCAUGGAUGCCGUGCUCAAGUACUGCGCUGUUGGCAGGCAGCUGGGCUAUGCGGCGUACAUGUUCUUUGAUAACCUCACUGUGCCCGACGCGAUCGGCGCGCGUAAGAGCGUUAGCAUCAAGAAACUGCAGCAGCAGGCGUACAGGGCGUGGUUGACGGGCUUGCUCUUCAACACGAUCGCGGGAUUGUACACGCUGUACGCGCUGCGCGGUCGCGCUGCGGCCAUUGAUGAGAAGGACGCUGAGGGCAUUGUUGAAAAGAAGAAGAUCCAGCGUGAUGGCAACCAAGCUAAGAUCCAGCUCAUUUCCGACCUCUGCGAUAUCACGGUUCCUGGAUCUGGCCUGGGCUACCUCAACCUGGACGAUGGCGUUGUCGGUCUUGCUGGUACUCUCAGCUCGCUGCUCGGCAUGUACUCGGCGUGGAAGAAGACGGCGUAAACGGCGCCACUACGGGAGAUGGAGGAGCGUCGCGCGUUGGAGUCACUUAAGCACGCAUGCACGUGCCUGACGCGACGGGACAUAAAUGUGCUUUGAAUG